UCAAAAUGUAUUAAAAAAAGGUGGAAACAUUGAACUGACAUGAUUGAAGAGAUAUAUAAGAGGGUUAAGCUAAGAACUUGUGUCAUACAAUCUGGAGACAACAAUUUUUAUUAAGUGAAAGUAGUGGGUGAAAAAAAAUAACUUGUAAUAAUGGUUAAAAUGAUGGGUUGGAAAGCUCCAAAAAUAGGGUUGAAGAAGGGUCCUUGGACUCCUGAAGAAGAUAAACUUCUUACUGAGUAUGUUAACUUGCAUGGAGAAGGAAGAUGGAGUUCAGUAGCUAGGUCUGCAGGUUUGAAUAGGAGUGGGAAGAGUUGCAGGCUUAGGUGGGUGAAUUAUCUAAGGCCAGGUCUUAAAAGAGGUCAUAUAACACCUCAAGAGGAAGGGAUCAUUAUUGAAUUACAUGCACUUUGCGGUAACAAAUGGUCUAUGAUUGCAAGAUACUUGCCGGGGAGAACAGAUAAUGAGAUAAAGAACUAUUGGAGAACCCAUUUCAAGAAGAAGGAGAAGUCCUCUCUGAAGCAACAAAAAAGAAAAGCUCAGAUUCUAAAGCUAAAACAACAGCAACAGCAGAAGGAAAAACCAGAUAAAAAAGAGGAGAUAAAAGUAUUUCAAACAGAAGAAGCUGGAGAUGAUGGCAAAGUAAACAGUGAAGCAGUCGAGAUCACUGAUCAGAUACCGAAAGGGAAACAUGAGAUGGUUUUCAUGUACCCUACUUCAGAGGAUCAGUGCUUGUCUCAAGAGCCAGCUUCUUAUACUGCUAAUGCCGCUUCUUGGAUAGAUCAGUAUCUGGCGGAUGAAGGGUUAUGGGGUGUGGAUGGUGGAACCUAUUAUUUUUUAGGGGAUGCAAGCUAUGUAUAUAAUGGAGGGUACAUUUUCUAA